CCUACCUAAUCCUUACUUAUUUUUUCAUUACCCUACACACACAAUGUCUUCUACACCCGCCUCCUCCACCUCGAGUGGCGAAGUUAAAUAUGUCACCGAAGUGCCUAGUAGUCUCAAACAAUUAGCCCGCUUGGUAGUGCGUGGCUUUUACAGCAUCGAAGAUGCCUUAAUCAUUGAUAUGUUGGUGCGUAAUCCCUGUAUGAAAGAAGAUGAUAUCGCCGAAUUAUUACGCUUCGAAAAGAAACAAAUGCGUGCUCGAAUCUCCACCCUGCGUAAUGAUAAAUUUAUACAGAUACGUUUAAAAAUGGAAACCGGACCCGAUGGUAAAGCACAAAAAGUCAAUUACUAUUUUAUAAACUAUAAAACUUUUGUUAAUGUGGUUAAAUAUAAAUUGGAUUUAAUGCGUAAACGUAUGGAAACAGAGGAAAGGGAUGCCACCAGUCGAGCUAGUUUUAAGUGUAGCAAUUGUAAUAAAACAUUUACAGAUUUGGAGGCUGAUCAAUUGUUUGAUUUUGCUACUCAGGAGUUUCGUUGUACCUAUUGUGGCAGUACCGUGGAGGAGGAUAGUUCGGCUAUACCGAAAAAAGACUCACGUUUAAUGUUGGCCCGUUUCAAUGAACAGCUGCAGCCUUUAUACGAUUUGCUAAGAGAGGUAGAGGGUAUUAAGUUGGCGCCGGAGAUUUUGGAACCUGAACCAGUGGAUAUUGAUACCAUAAGAGGUCUUAAUAAGCCGGCCAAUCAAAGAGGCGAAGGACAAAUGUGGUCGGGUGAGGCGACACGUAAUCAAGGUUUUGCCGUAGAGGAAACACGUGUAGAUAUCAAUAUAGGUGGAGAUGAUAUGCCCGAAACAGUGGCUGAACGUAAGGCCCGCCCAAUAUGGAUGACAGAGAGUACAGUUAUAAACGAGGAUAAUGGUGAUAAUACCGAUGCCAUUCUAAAUGAGGCUGCACAAAAUUCACAACAAUUAGGUGGUUUAUCAGGUUCGGCAACUAGCUCAUCUUCGAAUAGCCAGCGCAGAAAAGAACAAGAAGAUAUUAUGGCUGUUUUGCUGCAGCAUGAAAAGCAACCGAGUCAAAAGGAGAAUCACAUGAAAGGACUCAAAUCUAAUGCAAAUUCCAGUGAUUCAAGUGAUGAUGAAAAUGAUAUAGAAAAUGCCAAAAUACCCAAAACCGAUUAUAAUAAUUUCAUAAAUUCCGAAUCUGAGGAAGAGGCUGACGAUGAUGUUCCUUCCGUUUUAGUAGCCGGCCGUCCUUAUCCCCUUGAUCAAAUCAAUGAUGAACUAAUUGGCCAAAUGUCGCAACAGGAAAAGGAAAACUAUAUUCAUGUCUAUCAGCAACACUAUAGUCAUAUAUAUGAUUAAAUUAACUUUUUUUUCUAUAUUUAUUUUUCUAUUUUCAAAUUUUCACUAGUUAAUUAUGUGUAAACAAUUGUAUGUUUUCUUAAAAAAACAAAUCGCCAACAAUUUAUAAAAAAAGUCUUUCCUGUAUUUUCUUUUAUAUUUAAAAAAAAUAAAACCGAAAAAAGAAAAAACUAAAUAAAAUUAAAAUCAAA